AUGGUCUACUUCACCUUACAGAAAUCCCAGAAGUUCUUGGCAACCUCCCGGCAAGUUCACAAAACUGCUGCUCACGUGGUGGCCAGGAGCGCUCCAGAGGAGACCGUGACCAGCAGCUUUGCCUCCUUCAUCCACGCCGUUCGCCCCGAGCACUUGUCCAAGACGGUUUGUCACAGGAGCAAGAGGAUGAUCCUGGACAGCAUCGGGGUGGGCCUGGUGGGCAGCACGACGCCCGUCUUCGACAUCGCUCUGCAGUACUGCCGGGAGCUGUAUUCCCCCGUGGCCGUGAGCUCUGUCUAUGGCAAGCCGGGCGUGAAGCUCUCGCCCACGCUGGCGGCGUUCACCAACGGCGUCGCGACUCACUCCAUGGACUUUGAUGACACCUGGCACCCUGCAACUCACCCGUCGGGGGCUGUUCUGCCAGCUCUCCUGGCAGCUUCCCAGAUGCUGCCUGCAGGCACCAAACCCAACGGCAUGGAUUUCCUGCUGGCGUUCAACGUGGGCCUGGAAGUGCAAGGAAGGCUCAUGCAUUUCUCCACUGAGGCUCACGACAUUCCAAAAAGGUUCCACCCUCCCUCGGUGGUGGGUACCCUGGGCAGUGCCGCAGCCACGGCCAAGCUCCUGUCCCUCAGCACGGCCCAGUGCGCCUCGCUGGCAGGGGCACCCAUGGCCAACGCUGCCACCCAAGCCAAGCCCUUGCACGUGGGCAAUGCCACCCGCCUGGGCUUCGAAGCGGCGCUGCUGGCCGCCCGGGGCAUGGAGGCUAACCCCUUGAUUCUGGAUGACAUCCCUGGCUGCUCGGGCUUCAGCGUCUUCUACAGCGUCUACCAACCCAAGCCGCUGUCCCCGCCAAGCGACCGCCAUGAGUUCCUCCUGGAGAAGCAGGAUAUUGCCUUCAAGAGAUUCCCAGCCCACUUGGGGAUGCACUGGGUGGUGGAUGCUGCUUUGUCUGUCCGGAACCUCUUCAUCAACUACGCGGGGUCCUUCUCUCCGUCUUUGAUCCGCACCAUCGUGCUGAAGAUCCCGGUGUCGAAGUACAUCAACAGGCCUUUCCCCAGCUCUGAACACCAGGCGAGACACUCCUUCCAGUUCAACGCCUGCACUGCCCUCUUGGAUGGUGAGAUGGGCCUCAGCUCCUUCUCGGAGAGCAGCAUCCGUCGCCAAGAGCUGAGGGAGCUGCUGGACAAAGUGGUGGUGGAGCACCCUGAAGACAACGUGGCCAACUUUGACAAGAUGUACGGAGAGGUGGCGCUGCUCCUGCACAGCGGGGACGUCCUGACAGGCAAAUGUGACACUUUCUACGGGCACUGGAGGAAGCCUCUGAGCAAAGAAUCGCUCCUGAAGAAGUUCCGCUCCAACGCCUCUCAUGUCCUUCCAGAAGAAAAAAUAGAGACCAUCAUCGCUACGGUGGACAACCUGGAGAAUCUGUCAGAUAGUUCCCAGCUGGCCUGCAGCCUGUGA